AUCGUGUAUGCACUUGUUUCGCGGUUUAACGUUAUAACACGUCAAAAAUGGCAGAUGUAGCACCAAGUAAAAGUGAUAUCGAAGAAGUUUUUAAAAGAUUACGUGCCUUACCUGCAAAUAAGGCAUGUUUUGAUUGCAAUGCGAAGAAUCCAGCGUGGUCCAGUGUUACGUACGGUGUUUUUUUAUGCAUAGAUUGCUCAGCGGUACAUAGAAAUCUUGGAGUUCAUUUAACAUUUGUACGUUCCACUCAAUUAGAUACUAACUGGACAUGGCUGCAGUUAAGAAGCAUGCAAUUGGGAGGAAACGCCAAUGCGAGAAAGUACUUUUCCCAAUACAACUGUACGACUACCGAUGCGCAACAAAAGUAUACAUCCAGAGCAGCUGUACAGUAUAAACAAAAGUUGUCUCAGGCAGCUAUUCAAUCAAUGCAACAACAUGGAACGAAAUUACAUAUAGAGGAACACAUUGAGCCAGAAAGUCCUCAAAACGAAGUAGACUUUUUUGAAGCUCAUGAAAAUUUUGAUGUACAUAAUACCAAAACCACUGUGCCUAAAGAUCAUAUUCACGAAGAUUCAAUAACAAAAUUAGUUAAUGAAAAUCAUAAAAUACACGAUUCUGAUAAUAUCCAUGCUCUAGAUACUUCCGAAAGCUCGAAAGAAAUUUUAGAACCAUCCGUUAAUAUAUCUGAAUCUGCGAUGCUUGGAGCUUGUGAAAGGAAACCGACAAUUGGCGUUAGAAAAGUGCAGCCAAAACGACCAGGGGUUGGAAAGAAAACUAUUGGUCUAGGUGCUCAAAGAAUAGUAACAAAUUUCGAGGAAAUAGAAAAAAGUGCUGCUGAGGCUGGCAAAGAGAGGAGAGAAGAUGAGGCACCGAAGAACGACGAGGAAAAGAUAGAAAUAGAAAAACGUUUAGCCUAUCGUUACGAACAAAAUUUGUCAGAGCAGGCAAAAAUAGUCGAAGAAAGAGCCCGAAAAAUGGAUCCCUCAAAAGCUAAUCAAGCUGAACGUUUAGGAAUGGGCUUCAAUACAAAGCGCGGUGCAAGUCACUCAGCCUUAACCGAUAUGCAGACAAUAGCACAAGAGUCAUCUUCAAAACUCGUAACGCCUGAACGAAAAUUACGUGACAUCGAUAUGGAUCUUGAUUAUUUAAUAACUGGUUUUGAAUCUCUAACAAAUACAUUUACCAGUAAUUUAUUGAAUACCAAAGGAAGAACCGAUGAAUUUAUUAUUGAAGAAGAGCCAAAUUUACCGCGACGUGGAGUAACAUCGCAAUAUUCAAACUCAUCUCAAAUAACUUCACAGAUUAGUAACAAAAAUUCCAAUAAAAGUAUUAACAAAUCAGUGUCGGAAGGGGACGAAGCACAAAAGAAAUUUGGCAGUGCAAAAGCUAUUAGUUCAGAUCAAUAUUUCAAAGACUCUCUGAAUGAUAAUUCAUGGGAGCAGAAAAACAAUUUACGGCGUUUUGAAGGAUCGUCCAGUAUUUCGUCAGCAGAUUAUUUUGGAACUGGUCAGUCAAAUGCAACUUCUCCAACUUCAUCACUUUCCAUGAAUAUAGGAGGACGAGGUGGUGUAGACUUCGACGAUGUUCGUGAAAGUGUUAGGCAAGGUGUUAACAAAGUAGCUGGGAGAAUUAGUUCACUUGCUAAUGCUGCAGUUAAUUCUAUACAAGACCGAUAUGGACUAUAAGCCAUAAAUAUUGUUAUUAAAAGAAUGUUAUGUGAAAUAAAAUUGUUUUUGUCCAUAAAGAUCGGGAUUGUAAAUAAUAAAGGCAUGGAAGA